CUGUUGGGCGCCAUUUUGAUUAAAGUAAUGUGCAAGGGGGUUGCGGGCUAUACUCUACUCUGAUAUUUUCUCAAUUUAAACACAUUUAUACGUGAGUCGACUGACGCUUGACAGAGACUAAGCCAUUUGAGUACACCGAAAAUGGCCACGGGAGCAAACGCAACUCCUUUAGGGAAGUUGCACCCCAGUAUUGGCGCUAAACGAGGAUUUGACGCCGGGCCUGGUGCGGGGAACGGGCUGAUGCCAACACCGGGGCCGCCAGCAUCCUUUCCGUCGCUACAAGCUUUCCAACCCCCGAUGCCAAAUGCAUCUUUUCCGCAGCCACACCAGUUCAAUCCAGGGACAGGUUUUUCGACACAGGUUCAACAACAACCACCUGCAGGGGCCGGAAUGGCCAAACCAGUAGACUUCGGUCAGAAGAAACAGAGGAAGAAGAGCCGUUGGAGCAGCGAGACGCCUGAUCAGAAGACAGUCAUACCGGGCAUGCCCACUGUCAUUCCACCUGGACUGACCCGGGAUCAAGAGAGAGCCUAUAUAGUCCAACUGCAGAUUGAAGACCUGACUCGUAAACUGCGUACAGGAGACCUGGGAAUCCCUGUUAACCCUGAGGACAGGUCUCCCUCGCCGGAGCCCAUCUACAACAGUGAGGGUAAACGGUUAAACACCCGCGAGUAUCGCACACGUAAGAAGAUUGAGGAGGAGCGUCACUCCCUCAUCACUGAGAUGGUUGGACUCAACCCUGAUUUCAAACCUCCUGCAGACUAUAAGCCUCCAGCCACCAGAGUCAAUGACAAAGUUAUGAUCCCCCAAGAUGAAUACCCUGAAAUCAACUUUGUUGGUCUCCUAAUUGGACCACGUGGCAAUACGCUGAAGAACAUUGAGAAGGAGUGUUGCGCCAAGAUCAUGAUCCGGGGCAAGGGUUCUGUGAAGGAAGGGAAGGUAGGCCGAAAGGAUGGACAGAUGUUGCCUGGGGAAGAUGAGCCUCUUCAUGCCCUCGUCACUGCCAAUACGAUGGAGAACGUCAAGAAAGCCGUGGAGCAGAUUCGCAACAUUCUGAAGCAAGGCAUUGAGACACCUGAGGAUCAGAAUGACCUACGAAAAAUGCAGCUGAGAGAGCUUGCCAGACUCAAUGGCACACUGAGGGAAGACGACAACAGGAUCCUUCGUCCUUGGCAGAAUGCUGAGCCCCGCAGCAUCACCAACACCACCCUCUGUACCAAGUGUGGUGGAGCAGGCCACAUCUCCUCCGACUGCAAGUACACCAGCUCGUUCGCUGCCCACAGAGCGACAGGAGGCGAGCCUCCCCAGUCGGCCCAGGACAAGGCUCGCAUGGACAAGGAGUAUCUGUCCCUUAUGGCUGAGCUAGGGGAGGCUCCAGUCCCCACUUCUGGUGGAGGACACUCAAGCACCCAGGGAGGAGGGCCUCGGUCCUCGGGACCCAACAAUAACCAGCCGCCACCGCAGAAUCGGCCCCCCUGGAUGAGCUCUGGACCUACUGAGAACAGGAACUUCCACGGCAUGCAUGGAGGGCAUGGUAACCACGGAGGACCCCACAACUUCCCCCCUCCCAUGCCCAACAUGGGAGGCCCCCUAUGCCCCCCAAACCCCAACGGCCUGCCUCCCCCCUGGAUGCAGCCACCUCCUCCUCCCAUGGGCCAGGGUCCAGGACCUCAUGGGCACCCCAUGGGCCUGCUGCCUCCUCCAAUGGGCAUGAUGCCGCCUCCACCUCCUCCUCCCAGCAACCAGCCACCUCCUCCCCCUUCUGGACCUCUGCCACCAUGGCAACAGCAGGCUCCACCUCCCCCUCCCACCAGCAGCAUGGCAACCAGCACGCCACUGCCCUGGCAACAGAACACCACCACCACGUCCAGCCCUGGCACCGGCACCCUGCCUCCAUGGCAGCAGCCCCAGCAGCCUGCAGCCUCCGGAGCCCAGCCCCCACCACCCAUGGGUACCCCGUCCAUGGUGCCGCCUCCUCCCGGCGUCCAGCCGCCACUGCCCCCGGGCGCACCUCCUCCUCCACCCCCACCACCUCCAGGCUCAACAGGCAUGAUGUAUGCCCCACCGCCACCCCCGCCCCCUAUGGACCCUUCCAACUUUGUCACCAUGAUGGGGAUGGGGGUACCGGGCAUGCCCCCCUUUGGCAUGCCUCCGGCCCCCCCACCUCCUCCACCCCAGAAUUAACCCUGCCACAGAAGAAUUGCCCCGCCCCCUGCAGCACAUUGUGGAUGUGUGCGCACAGAAAAAAAUAUAACCAGUGCUUUAUUUUUUAUUGAUCCUUGAUAUUGUGAAGACAUCUCUGAAACAAUGAAAGGCUGUGUCAGUUCAAUUUGUAAAGUUGCGUAACUUAAUGAGUUAUUUUUCCUGUUUUUAAAGUUUGUAUUAACACAAAUCUCCUUGUGUGCAUACAAACACUGCUGCUCUCAGCCACAUGUUCUGCAUUGCUACCGUAGUUUGUCACGUUACUUGUAUACCAAAUAAACAGCUCAAAUCGCCCGCCAGAACAGUCUCAUCGCUUCCAAUGUUCAACUCAGUCCUAAACACUUGACUAGUAUUGGAUUUAAUAUAUUGAAGUUCAGCAUGCAUGAUCCAUUGUAAACACCUCACUCACAAAUUGAUACUCCUGUCCUGUUCCCCAUGUUGGCUUAGAGUUGAAUAAGAUUAAUAUUUUUGUAAUAACGAGAUGUGAAGUGUUUUCUUAGUUCUGUCAGAAAACCUUUUUGUAGUACUGUCUCAGAUUGUUUUCCAGAAAUUCCCAGGGUUUUAAUUGUUUUUUUUCUUUUCUUACUUGCCUGCAUCUCAGUUGUGACAUUGAGUUUGAGAAGGGGGGUUUGAUGCUGCUAGCUUCUGACCUCCUGCACUACUUGACUGUUGAGAAUCUGAUGUAUCCUUGUUUUUCUGCAUUUCUCUGCUCUGAUAAGACGCUGUGUGCAGUGUUUGUGUUGCUUUUGCAAGGACAAAAAUUUUGCGUUUGUCCCUCAAGUUAUUAGAGAAAAAAAAAUGUUAGUUUUACUCGGUUUCUGGAAUCGGUCUGUUGUGUUACGGCGCUAGCCUGAACGAAUAGCUGUUGAAAUUUUGCUUGGUUUAGCAUUAAACUGAUCCAUUUCACCUUUU